AUGGUCCUCCGCAAAGAUGAGCUCGAAGGUAAACUCGGCGAGGAAGCACUGCUCAUCAAGAGCGGCGUCCUUCGCGACGAGAACCCCCUCGACGACAGCCCCGAGUUUCACGAGUUCCUCAUGGCCUGUCGACAUGGCGAUCUGAGGACCUGUCAGGAGCUCAUCAGCCGCGGCGUCAACAUCAAUGGCAAGGACAAGUUUGACUAUACGCCCCUCAUCAUCGCGAGUUUGUGUGGACAUUAUGAGCUUGUUCAACUACUAUUAGAGUCUGGCGCACUCGCCGAGCGCAACACCUUCCAGGGCGAGCGAUGCAUCUACAACGCCCUCAACGACCGCAUCCGAAACCUCCUCUUACAGUACGAUUUUUCAAAGUCCUCAGACCCCUACGUCUACUGGUCCUCCCACAUUUCUACUCUCCUGGGGCGUCCGUCACCCAGCACCGCAGACAUUACUCUCGUCGCCGGCUCACGCUCAUUUGAGCUGCACAAGUUCCUACUUGCUGCAAGGUCGCCUUAUUUCAAGGCGAAGCUGGCCGCUGCUCCCAACACGACCACUUGGAAUCUUGCAAAUGCUGUGCCCGUUGAGGCCUUUCAGAUCGUCCUGAGAUAUCUCUACCUGGGCGAGGUACCGCGAGAUCUUGCACCUACGGGAAGCGAUGCCUCUGAGGAGGAUAUACUCAACGGACUAUCCAAAAUUAGCAAGCAGCUCGAGGUUGAGUCACUAUGGGAGGCCAUUCUCGCCGGAGCCGACAGGAGACUUGCUCGUCAGCGGUAUCAAGAUGAGGUGGAACGAGCAAGGGGGCAACUGGAAGAAUUCUUCCAGCAGAAUGUCGUGGGACACAAGAUGGUGGUAGACUCAGAUCGAGUUAAGGAUGUCAAGUGGCAACACGACAACGCCAUGUUUGCAGACGUUCUCCUCCGCGCAGACGAGCCAGUCGAGACUGAAGAGGAAAAGCCUGAGCAAACUGAGGACAAGCCAACCAUACCUAUCGGUCCAGCCGGCAACAACAACGACUCUACCAAAUCCCCCAAGUCGGUCCUCUAUCCCGCGCAUAAAGCCAUGCUCAUCCGAAGCGAGUACUUCGAAAAGAUGUUCUCGGGCGACUUUGUCGAGUCUCAUCGUGCUGACCACCUCCGCGUCGUUACUGUCGACUGCUCACCGGCUGUUCUCGAGAUUAUCCUCACCUUCCUUUACACCGAAACUGUUGUCUGCCCCCUUGAACAUGCCCUCGACUUGUUAUAUGCAGCAGAUAUGCUGUUCCUCGACAACCUCAAGAGCAAGGCUGCUGUCGCCAUCAGCACACUAGGCAGCGGCAGCUCCAACGUUUUGGUCGACCGCACUCACGGCCAAGCUCAUGAGGACGGCGAAGGUGACGCAGAAGUCCACGAGACUGUUGAAAUGGAGCCUAUCAACAUCUACGACGUCAUACACGCAGCCUGGGACCUCCGCGUGCAACGUCUCGAAGAAUUUGCAGCCCGUUAUCUCGCUUACCGUCUCGAAGACUAUAUCGACGAGGAGGACUUCCAAGCGCUUAUCGCCGAGUCUGCCCAGCGUUUGACGGCACGUGAGGAGACUGACACAAUCGAGUUGCUUGAUGAUAUUCGAUACUACCUCUCAGAUCGAUUCAGACUACGCUUCGAGGAUGCUGGUCUUGACGAGAUGAUGGACGAGACGGGUGAGCUCGACGCCGAGUUGGCAGCUGCCAUGGCGGAUCAGGCCGUCAUUUCUACAGGAGAGACAAAUGGUACAACCAGGCAGGAUAGCCAGACAAAUGGGGAGGCGAAGGAGGCAAAUGGCGAGGCGAAGGAGGGAGCCGUGCGGACGCUGGAUGGUGAGGUUGCAGAGGAUGAGUUUGCGUCAGAUGCCAUCAACUAUCAGAUCCUGCUCGGCAAGAUUGAUGCCAUGCUGGAUCGUCUGAAGCUCGAUGCUUAA